CAGAGGAAAAAAGGGGUGAUUUUUGGUGUAAAUCUAGACUGUAAUUCUAUAAUAUAUCAUUGGAGCUCGUAAAACCGACACUAAAACUUCUUGGCAAAUAAAUCACUUCUCAAAUUAUGAGUUCAUUGUAUUAUGCGAACGCGUUGUUUUCCAAAUACCAAGUGGCGAGUUCAGCCUUCUCCACAGGCGUGUUUCCCGAGCAAACUUCUUGCGCCUUUUCGUGCAGCUCGCAGCGGGCCAGCGGCUACGGCUCGGCUUCUACCGGUGCACCGGUCUCCUCUACAACUUCUGUCUCCCUGACGAGCAUGUACACUAACGGUGCUAGUCUUUCCAGCCAGACUCAAGGCAUGUACCCCACUGCGUAUGAGCUGGGAGCUGUUUCGUUGAACAUGCCCAGCUCUCUGUUUGACCAUCCGAAUCUACCCAUGGUGAGCGCUGGUCAUCUCUGUAAAGCGCAAAGCAGUGGUAAAGAAGAGCAGAGGGGCUACCAUCAAAACAACGAAAACAACCUCCGAAUCUAUCCGUGGAUGAGGAGCACAGGUGUGGACCGGAAAAGAGGCCGUCAGACAUAUUCCCGCUAUCAAACAUUAGAGUUGGAGAAAGAGUUUCACUUCAACCGUUACCUUUCACGACGGCGGCGUAUUGAGAUUGCACACGCCCUGUGUUUGACCGAACGCCAGAUAAAAAUCUGGUUUCAAAACAGAAGGAUGAAAUGGAAGAAAGAGAACAAAUCAAUGGACUGCUGCUCUCCUGCUGCUGACCAAAUCGGGGGCGACGAGGAAGAGGAAGAUGAUGAGUAGCCACACAAGUGGAAGACAUAAAAUAGACUAUCGAUUCAAUCCUCUUUUAUUUCAGGAUACCCUGAGUUGGAAAAAAAAGUCAUGCUACCUACAAUAAUGUAGGUAAAGUGUCACUGUCGUCUAUUUGUGUAAGAGGUGUUUAUGUGUUAGGCUAGGCCUAUUUUAUAGUAAAUAUAGUAAUUAAACGUAAUUAAAACGCAUUUUAAUAUAGCCUAGUUGUAUACGUUUAAUUAUCCAUAAGCAGCCUACAUUAUAUAUAGGCCUAUAUAAUAUAUAUAACCGGAAUAUAUGGACUAUUUCAAAUAUUUGUGACCACGUUCGGAUUAGUCAAUGUGGGGUCAAAACACGGAAGGGAGCAACCUUUUUUAUUAUUUUUUUAUUUUGAUAUAACCCUAUUCUGUAUCUAUGUGUACAUUUUUGUCUGCUUAAGCAAUUUUUGUUAUAAUAUCUGUUAUAUUUUGCACAAGUGUUAAAAUAAACUGUACAGCUGACUACAA